CGCGUUAAGCAUUAGCCAAGUUCUAAACCAAAAGUCUGGGGCUUAUUUUCGGUAUAUUUUUAGGGUGUUUUAAAGUACGCGGUGUGGUAUUUGAAAGAAAGACGUCGAGCUGUCACACUUUAAAUUUAAUUCUAAAAACGUAAACAUUAUAUUUAUUGCAAAUCCUGGCUUAAGCGCAAACACCUAAUUGCAGUUAUGCCAACUAGAGUCCCCCUCUUGCUGCUGAAAGUUUUCGCAUGCUAAGAUGCACAGCCACAGCGGCACAAGCAAAGUUGUGGCCACUCUCCGCGCGGACGGAAAUAUUGUGUAUCCGAUGGAGCACUCCAACUUGAUGCACUACGAGAUUCGCACUGAAGGAGAAGCCCAGCAAAAGAAAGGCAACCUGCUGGGACCCGCAACAUGCGUGGACCUGGGCAAGCAGCUGCUCCAGUGUGCCAGGGACUGCGAUGUGGCUGGCGUCAAGGCGGCGUUGGCUCACGGAGCCCCCUUCGCAUCCGACUGGCUUGGUAUGUCCGCGCUCCACUUCGCCGCGAUGAAUAACCAGCUGGAGAUCUGCGAGAUUCUCCUGCAGGGUGGGAUUAACAUGGACGCCAAGACCAAGGUCGACCGGACGCCGCUUCACUUGGCCUGCUACUACGGGCACGAGCGGGUGGUAAGCUUGUUGCUUGCGCUUAAGUGCAGCGUCAACUCCCGGGAUAUGCUUCGCAUGACUCCGCUCCACUGGGCCGUUGAGAAGGGGCACAAAAGCAUUGUGCGACUCUUGCUCAAGUGCCAAGCAGAUGUCGCCUUGGUUUCCAAGUUCGGCAAGACGCCGAUCGGACUGGCCGUAUACACGGAACAGGCGGAUGUGCUGGCGGAACUCGAGGCGGCGCGUCAGGCGCAGGCUAGUAAGAAGUUCAACGAGGAAAGCGAGCGACAAACGCAUAAGAGCAGAAAAGAAACCAGUGAAGCUGUCAACUCAAUAAUGGACGAGCCGGAAAACACGAAAAGCCUUGACGAUCGGGAAAUGUCGGUGGAAGAACGAAUGGAUGUCCUGGAAAACCUACGAGGGCAUACCAAUGCGCUGGGGAACUCUGCCCUAAACAUGCUGAAAACUCACGGAAUCGCAGACAUGAUGCAGGAAAACGAUGACGAGGCUUCGAAAGAAAUGCUCAACACAGCGUUGCAGAAUGGACGCCAACUCGUCCUUUCCGAAGGUGGACGCAUGCUGCUGCACGAAACGAAAGCAGGCCUUGGUACCAAGCAAUCCGUAAACGGCAAUCUUAGGCCUCCGGUCGUCGCUCUGCGUCCAAAUGUUAACAAUUCACCCCCUCAGAAGAUUCGCAUGAAUGUCAUUAGACAAAAAGAACUUCCGUCGCCGGCGGGGGUUACCAAGAACAAGAAUAUACGCAUAAUCUCGUUGACUGAUUUCAAAAAGCUCUGCGGAUCGGAUAGUCAGACAAAGUCUCUACAGAAAAUACCCGCAUCGCUGGCAAGCUCUGGAAUGGUUCGUCAACUUCCCGAUGGCACCAAACUAGUCAACAUGCGCCAGCUGCAGGCUCGACAGUUAAAGCUCCCAUCCCUGCAGAGACCCCUGGAGCCCACUACCAUAUUAGAUGAGUCACAAGGCCUGAAGGAAGCCGUGGUUACACCUACACUGCCUGCGAACCACCCGGCAUCCGCAAGUUCGCUCAGGGGACAGGUGGGGACCGUGCAGACAAUACAGCUGCGGCCCUCACUCAUGGCAGGAUCUGGACAAGGGCCAACGAACAACGGGGUGGUGCCCAACAAACCUCUAUUGAGUGCGACAAAGCUGCCCUCGCCAAAGCCUCCAAACGUGAUGCCGCUGCUGACAUCUUCCGAGAUUUGUCGGCAGCUGCAUGAGCUGCGGCGCCAAAACGAAGAACUGCGCCGGCGCGCAGACUCCUUUCAGCGGGAAAAGGAGGAGAUGCUAAGACGGAUCAACCGCCUAGAGCAGAUGGUGUUAGUUCGAGAGUCGGAGGCGGACCUGGAUUUUGUAGACGACAUGUAGCUAGUGCUAAGAUAGGUUUAUUGUAAAUACGUUAAGGUAAGCGUUAAGAAAAGUUAAUCGUACACCGUUAAGUGCAUUCGUUAAUCGCUCAGUAAUCGGACGAUAUCAUACCAUUUUAUAUCAAAACCGUAUUAUCUUAAUUGUUUAAAAUAACUUCAACAAAUUAAAGCUGAUGACUACGGGUGUGGACAGUUAAUUAUCUACCUUAAAAUGCAUUUUUAGUCGCAUUUUGCAUUAUUUUAAUAAAACUUUUAAA